CUCCGCCACAGAAAAUUAGAAGGGAAACAGAAGAGGAAACAAUAAGAAGAAGCUCUCCCACCUUUCACAAUGCUCUGCUUCUCCAAGAGCCAGAGUAUGGAACGCCACGUCAUCGCCGUCGUGCUUCUCCUUUCCGUCUUUUCAUCUCUAGCAGAUGCAGGCUCGGUGGGAGUGAACUAUGGCAGAAUCGCGGACAACCUGCCGUCGGCGUACAAGGUGGUGCAGCUUCUGAAAUCCCAAGGCUUGGAGCGGGUGAAGGUCUUCGACUCCGACCCGGCGGUGCUCCGGGCCCUGUCAGGAUCCGACAUUAAAGUCACCGUCGACCUCCCCAACGAGCUCCUCUCAGCGGCUGCCAAGUCGCAGUCGUACGCCACCAACUGGGUCCAGCGAAAUGUCGUCGCUUACCACCCCAACACCCACAUCGAAGCCAUCGGCGUCGGUAACGAGGUCUUCGUCGACACCCAUGACACCACCAAGUUCCUCAUCUCCGCCAUGAAAAACAUCCACGCCGCCCUCGUCCACUUCAAGCUUGAGUCGUCCAUCAAAGUCUCCUCGCCCAUUGCCCUCAGCGCCCUUCAAAACUCUUACCCAUCCUCCGCCGGGUCAUUCCGACCUGAACUCGUGGAACCCGUUUUCAAACCCAUGCUUGAGUUUCUCCGUCAAACCGGGUCCUACCUCAUGGUCAACUGCUACCCCUACUUCGCUUACGAGUCAAACUCCGACGUCAUCCCCUUGGACUACGCCCUAUUCCGCCAAAACCCCGGUGUAGUCGACGCCGGCAACGGUCUCCGUUACUUCAACCUCUUUGACGCUCAGAUCGACGCCGUUUUCGCCGCUAUGUCGGCGUUGAAGUACGACGACAUCAACAUGGUCGUGUCGGAAACGGGCUGGCCGUCGAAAGGCGACUCGGUUGAAGUAGGCGCGAGCGUGGAGAACGCAGCCGCCUACAACGGCAACCUCGUCCGUCGGAUCUUGACCGGCGGUGGGACCCCGUUGAGGCCUAAAGCAGAAUUGACCGUCUAUCUCUUCGCGCUCUUCAACGAGGACAAGAAAUUCGGGCCCACAUCGGAGAGAAAUUAUGGGCUCUUCUUCCCCAACGAGCGCAAGGUAUACGACAUACCGUUCACCGUCGAGGGACUAAAGAACUAUCACGACAACCGAUCGCCGGUAUCAGGAAACCAGCAGGUGACUGCUCCGGUCAACGGGGGUGCAGACGUGUUGAAGAGCUUAACCGGAAACACCUGGUGCGUGGCGAAUGGUGAGGCGGGGAAGGAGAAGCUGCAGGCGGGUCUAGACUACGCUUGCGGUGAGGGCGGGGCGGACUGCCAUCAGAUCCAGCCGGGGUCUGCGUGUUACGAUCCUAACACCCUCGAGGCCCACGCCUCGUACGCUUUCAACAGUUACUACCAGAAGAAGGCACGUGGGGUCGGCACGUGCUAUUUUGGCGGGGCGGCCUACGUGGUCUCUCAACCACCCAAGUUUGGGAAAUGUGAGCUGCCCACUGGAUACGGAAACUGAAGAAUGCAGAAGGAAGGAGGGGUAUGAACUAUGAACUGUAUGGUUAGCAAUUUUGUGGCCAAAAUAGUAGUGGGGGAGUUGCUUAUCCUAAUUGCAGUUGUGGGUUUAGUUUAUAAUUUAUUUUUUGGGAGCUCCUUGCGUUUUGUUAAUUUCUGUUUUAGGGGUUUUAAGUCAACUAUUAUGUUCAUAAUUACAUACUUAGUAGUUUCCUGGUUUAAUUCCAAUGGCGAUGUACCUUCUGGAUCUUGACUAAUUAAAUCUUCCAAGAAUCUUAUUAUUUUUGGAUUUAA